AUGGAGAGAAUCUGGAUAUCAUGGAAUGUUCGAGGCCUGGGGCGAGCGGAGAAGAGGAGGGCUGUGAAGGAGCUCCUGAAGAAGGCACAACCGGAACUUGUGCUGCUUCAAGACACGAAGUUGGAUGCACAGAAGGAGAAGCUAGCACUGAACUUCGCCAGAUCUCUGAACUUUGAAUGUGAGUGGGUGCCGGCUCAGGGCACUGCCGGGGGUCUCCUCACCCUAUGGAAACCGGCGUCGUUCACCCUACUGCAGGUCUCUAAAGGAGAUAGAUUUCUGUUCACGCUAUUCAGCGUGAAUCAAAGCUCCAAUUGCGUGGUUGGCAAUAUAUACGGGCCUCACCUUGAAAGUAGCAGAAUCAGUUUUUUCACUGAUUUGGGAUUGGUAUUUGGACAAUGGAAUUGCAGCAUGGUGCUCGGGGGUGACUUCAAUGCCACUUUGAAUGCAGAGGAUAGGAGUGGUAGGCUGGGGGGAACAGAGGCAUCCUUCUCCAAUUUUGUUCAGGACUGGAACCUAAUUGACCUUCCACUACAGAAUUCUGAUUUCACAUGGUACAGUGAAAGGAAUGGUGGGGUGUGGAGCAGGAUAGACAGAUGGCUGCUCAAUGAAGAGGCAUGGGAUAGUUUAGGGGAGGUCACUCAGCGUGCAGAAAACUGGGGAUUAUCAGAUCACAGAAUGGUAGCAUUGUCAUGGGGACAACAAGUAACGGGCCCCAAACCCUUUUUGUUCUAUAACAAUUGGCUCCUUGACAAAGAGUUUGAUAGAAUGGUAAAAGAAUGGUGGAGUUCAACAGCGGUUCAGGGAUGGUCUGGAUAUGUGCUGCAGCAAAAAUUCAAAGAGCUUAAGCUGAAAAUCAAAGGUUGGAGUGGUCACUCAAGGACCCGAGGGGAAGAAAAUAUUAAGUCUCUUGAAGAGGAGUUACAAGUUAUAAUGGAGAGGCUUGAACUUGAUGGGGAUUCGGAAGAGCUAAAAAUUAAACGAUGCUAG